UCCCACUGAUUUCAAUCCGAAAUGGAUAAUGGGAAUGGGAAUGUGAAGGUGGUGAUACCAGUUGCUCUUAAAGGAGUUAACUAUCUCUUGUGGUCAAGGCUUGUCAAGACAGCCUUAGGAGGAAGAGAUCUUUGGGCUCAUGUAGCUGAAGGCAAGCCCUCAAAACAAACCAGCAUAGGAGAGGAUGGUAGAGAAGUGGUGGCGGCUGAUAAUGGCAAACAGAAUCAGGAGGAUCUCAUGGUGUUUUCUAUCAUUCAAGGCAGCCUUGAGACACCAAUCUUAGAAGCUUACUCCUAUUGUGAAACUUCCAAAGAGCUAUGGAAAACUCUACAGAAGGUUUAUGGUAACAUCUUCAACCUUAGUAGAAUAUUUGAAGUGAAGAAAGCAAUCAGUACUCUCCACCAAGAAGACUCGGAUUUUACCCAACAUUUUGGAAAAUUUAGAGCCUUAUGGGCUGAGCUAGAGAUGUUGAUGCCAACUACUGUUGAAGCAAGUGACUUAAAUGACAGAAGAGAGCAAGACAAGGUAUUUGCCUUAUUCCUCACACUGCAUCCAAGCUACAAUGAUCUGAUUAAGCACAUACUUAGGGCUGAGAAGUUACCUACUUUUGAGGAGGUGUGUGCUCAGAUUCAAAAGGAGCAAGGAUCAGUGAGUCUCUUUGGAGGAAAGAGUGAGCUUGACCUUGGAAACCAAGCUGAAGGUACUGCAAACAGAGGAUCUUACAAGGCUGAACACAAAAAGAUAUGGAUAUGUGACCAUUGCAAGAAGAAGGGCCAUGGAAGGGACAAGUACUGGAUCCUUCACCCUCAUCUCAAGCCACAGAAGUUUAGGACACCUCAACCUGAUGCAAGAUCCCACUUCUCUGGUUGAAUGGGAGAGCCAUCUGGUUCAGGGUCCACGCAUUCCUUUAACCAUCCAAAUGCGGCUAGUGAAGGGAAGGUCUCAGCCUCCGGGAACUACAAUACCUUGAGCUCUGCUUAUGAUGACACCAUCAAGAGGUCUGGCCUUGAUGCUCUCAUCAAAGCCGUCAAGAAAAACUUUGGUAACACUUUUGGUACCUCUUUAAAUGCUUGUGUUGAUGGUAUCUCUCUAAAUGCUUCAGAUUGCUCAAAACUGUCUAAACCUCUUGUGAUAGAUUCUGGUGCUAGUCACCAUAUGAUUAGUGAUCUAGGAAUGAUUAGUAACAUUGUCUCAGCAUUUGGUAAUGUAAUGGUAGCAAAUGCUGACAAAGUUCCCAUUAAGGAAGUAGGUGAUCUUAAGUUAUUUAGCAAGGAUUCUAAAGCCAUUUAUAUGUCUAACCUCACCUCAAACUUGCUAUCUGUUAAAUGAGCCACAAAUGACUUGAAUUGCAAUGUCACUUUCACUCCUAAUGAGGUUUAUUUUCAGGAUAUUGAGACUAGUAGGUUACUUGGCAAAAGUGUGAUAAAGAGCGACUUAUACUUGCUUAAAGACACCAAGCUGGCUACUGAUUUAUCUAUUGCUUUAAACUCUGUUUCUAAUUUCCCUAAAAAUGUAUUAUGGCAUGCUAGAUUAUGACAUCCUCAUUCUAGAGCCUUGAACAUCAUGUUGCCUAGUAUUUUGUUUAAAUCUGAUUGUGAAGCUUGUAUCCUAGGAAAGCAUUGCAAAACAGUCUUCACUAAAUCGAUUACCAUUUAUGAAAACCGCUUUGAUUUGAUUCUUUAUGAUGUGUGGAUAGCUCUUUGUGCUUCUAGAGAACACCAUAAGUAUUUUGUGACCUUUAUUGAUGAAAAAUCAAAGUAUACUUGGAUCACAUUGCUUCAGUCUAAAGAUAGGGUGUUAGAAGCUUUUAUAAACUUUCAAAACCAUGUUACUAACCAUUACAAUGCCAAGAUAAAGAUUUUUAGAUCAGAUAAUGGAGGAGAAUACACAAGCCAUGCUUUCAAACAACACUUAGUCAAACAUGGGGUGAUUCAC